GACAACAACUCUCACUUUCCUACAAGGCUUCGCAAUUGUUUUUUGAAAAAUCGAUCGUGACCGUGCGCAUUUCUCCCUCCUUCCCCGCCGAGACGGGACCUUUUCAUUUGUUUACUCGUUGUUCUCACAGAAGUGCACCAUGUCCGGCGACGAAUUAGCAAUUCCUCCCCCUGUUCAGUGGGCGCAAAGAACACAUGUGGUCUUCGUCACACUAUGUGUGGAGGACUGCAAAAACCCUGACAUUCAAAUAGAAGCAGACAAAAUUGUAUUCAAGGGCACUGGUGGUACAGAAAAGAAGAAAUAUGAAAUCACUAUACCUCUCUUUAAAGAAAUUGACCCUGAGAAAUCAGUCAAGUUCAUUAGGGACCGUAACAUCGAACUAAUCCUCAAGAAGAAGGAGGAAGGCCCUUACUGGACAUAUCUUCUUAAAGAUAAAAAGAAGUACCACUGGCUAAAGGUUGACUUCAACAAAUGGAAAGAUGAGGAUGACAGUGAAGACGAAUUAAAUGUAGGCGGAGGCGGUGGAGAGGACUUAGAAGAGAUGAUGAGACAGAUGGGUGGUCUCGGAGGAAUGGGAGGAGGUGCCAAGCCUGACUUCAAUGACCUAGUUCCCUCAGAUGAAGAGGGGCCAGACUCUGACGAUGAGGAGUUACCGGACCUUGUGUAACUGAAGUGUCACCUAUAAUCAAAACACUAAUGCAAAGAAGGCUGACAAUUUUUCGCUUUAGAUGGACCAUCUGAAACGAUUGCUAUCUCUGAAAUGAAACCCUUGUACCACCAGCUGUUUCCUUGUGCUGGUAUAUCCCAAGCAAUAGUAGCCAAUAUUUCAACAUUUCUUACAUGCUGCUUUUUUAUUAUUAGCUUAUGAAUGAUUCAGUUCUUUUGUGUUUGAGUCUUUAAAAGUUUGGCUGCCAUUGCUCUUGUAUGGUGAUAUUAGCUAUGCAGGACAGGGAGGAAUGUGUACAUGGUAGCAAUAUAUGUUGUCACUUAUCAAAGGCCAUGGAACAUGUGUUGGUGUUAUGUCAUGUAUGUUUUAAAUGUUUUACUUUAGUACCCACCUCUGUGUUUGCUUUUUCCUUCCCUACCAUCCUAUUAAAUUUGUAUGUGGAUCAUUAUGUACAAAGUAUGUAUUUCUUACACUUUUGCAUAAACUUUGAUACUAGGCUCAGUUUUAUAAAUGUAAGCCAUAGUAGUCCCUUAAGAGUGGUGAUAGUUAAGUUCUUUACAUUUGAAACAAGUGAUCAAAACCCACCAAGUCUUAUAAUUGCGGAAUUGCAUUGUUGGCCCCCCCUUAAUCUGUGUCAUGUUACCUUUUGCAAAAUAUUUUAAUUUAUUCCCUCAUUGAGUUUUGUGCACUGCAAUUGUUUUCAUUCCUUACUGUAAGCAUUCUUGAUAUAAAACAUUAAAUACCCCAGCAUUGAUA